UUCAGAAUAAGAAUAGGGGCCACAAUGAGCGAGGACAAAGCAGAAGCGAAGAAGAGCGGCGAGGACACAGUCGCCAUCACGACCUACGACGACCUCAACGACCUCGCAGGAUCACAGGACAUAAGGACGCUUCUUAUCCUCGUCUUGAUCUCCUUCGGAACAUUUAUCAACCCACUCCAGACAAUUAAUUACCAGUUCUUGGGUGCCACUCCGGAUUAUUGGUGCCACGUACCCCCUCUGGUGGAUGCCAACUGGACUCAAGACCAGAUCUUAAGUCUAGCUAUUCCCAAUGGGAAUAGCAGUAGUCAGCAUAGUAGUUGUGUCAUGUACGACUACAAUUAUACCUUAGCGGCUGAGUUGGGCUUCGAAGUGGCCGCCUCGAGUCCAGAGUUUUCCUUUGAGGAUGGCGAGGAGGUCAGGACAGUCAAGUGCUCCUCCAGAGACUUCGACAGGAACCAGUACGAGUCUACGGUCGUGACGGAGUGGGAUCUGGUAUGCGAGCGCCGUGUCCUGUACUCGACAACUCAGGCUGUCAGCCAAGUGGGAACGCUCUUGGGUUCCCUCGUGGUCGGCUACCUCUAUGACGUGAUCGGCCGUCGCCCAGUCGUCCUCCUGAGCUCCAGCCUCUUCACUCUUUCGGGGUUCUUAGCGGCUGUUUCCCCUACGGUCGAAUUUUACAUCUUCAUGAAGACUAUCAUUGCCUUUAUGGCUUCGGGGAUUUAUCUUGGCUGCUUCGUGUUGGUUAUGGAGUUGUGUUCCUCUCGCCAACGUUCUACCGUAUCUGUCAUGUUCGUGAUACCCUGGGCUCUCGGCUACAUGGUACUACCAGGCAUCGCUUACCUAGUAAGGACUUGGUACUGGCUACAAGUGGCGCUUACGGUCCCCGCUCUUUACACUAUAUCUUACUUUUGGCUGCUCCCAGAAUCCCCACGUUGGCUCCUAGUAAAGGGAAAAUACGAAGAUGCCCUCAACGUGUUCAAAUGGCUCGCGAGGAUCAACGGAAGAACUCUGCCAUCUGACGAAGUUCUCCUGCAGGCUAUCAAGAACUUAGCAACGUCGGGCGACAAGGAGAAGCCGAAAGCGGACCAAGAGGCCAAGGAGGACCUCGCCGCCCGAGUCCUGGACGCCGUGAAGAAGUUCUUUGCCCUCGUGACCACCGCGGGCCUCAGGGGAAGGGCGGCAGUCGUCUUCUUCUGCUGGUUCGCGAGCUCGCUCAUCUACUACGGCGUCGCUCUCAACGCCACGAAUCUGAGCACCGACCCUUACAUCUACAUGUUCUUAGGCGGCCUGCUUGAGAUCCCCUCGUACGCGUUGCUGUGGCCUGCUAUCAUUUACCUCGGGAGGAAGAAGUCGCUUGUGGGCCUCUAUCUCGUGUGCGCGGUCUCCAUAUUCGCUGUGAUGACUGUCCUGAUUGUGACCCCUGGAGAAACUGGCACUUUGAUGAUCUUCCUGUCACUGUGUGGAAAGCUUGCCAUCACAGCAGGCUUCCAUCUGGCAUUCAUCUUUACCGCCGAACUUUUCCCAACGAGUUACCGCUCCCUCGCCGUGGGACAGGCCAACGUCUUUGCAAGAAUCGGGAGCACGUGUUCGCCGUACAUCAAUGAUAUUUUGGGUGUUGUAACCGUAUGGGCCCCGUCCGCUGUCUUCGGAUCCUUAGCACUGAUGGCUGCCGGUCUAGCUGCUCUGCUGCCAGAAACUAAAGACUGCGAUCUUCCCGAAACGAAUGAAAUCCCACAAAGUCGCCAAAGGAAAAAUUCGCAAGAUUCCGCCGAUUCCUUGGAAAUGAAAACCGGAGUGCCGAAUUGCAGCUUCGAGCCCGACAUCGACCAGAGCGAAACGAACACUGGGCGUUCGUGAUUUCGGAUACCGAUGUUGUUUUGUUUCGUCUUGCAAAUUAUCUUUAAUAAUACGUAUAUAUAGAAGGAAGUGACUGUGAUAGUUUUAGGUCAUUAGAAGUAUUUCAUAAAAGAAAAAGUAAGCAAGAUAGCGUAAAAUGCCAAAGGAUUAGACAACGAAGGACUGUAGAUCCAUUGUACAAAUACUUCAAGUGUCAUUCAUGUUAAGGGGCACUUACCUUAUAGAUAUGUAUGUAUGCAUAUUAUUUUAUAUUUGUUUGUGGCCGGACUACGCUGACUGUACAUGAAAAUAUUUUGUGUUAAAUCCGUAACUCUGGAAAAAAAAAUUAAUAAGAUAUGCGACGCUUUAACUCUACUUUCUCUUUUUAUAGUGUUCUUGCGUUUUGUUUAAGCUGUAGAUUCCGAAUUAUGUUUUCAAGUACAUUCACGCCUGUCAGUAUUUUUAAAACAAGAGUAAAGUAUCGAUUCACAAAAGAGGGUAUUUUGUCACAGGUUGGAAAAGGUGUUUCUGAACAUGAUUGGAGAAGUGAAGACCAGUGAAGGAGUGAUUGUAGAUCGUGAAAUGCUAUAUGUAAAGUGAAAGUGCCCUCGGGGAAUGCACAAGAAUUGAGAAUUUAUUGACGUUAUUUGACUAUUUUUAGAGAAUAACCUUUUUUAAUACAUCCUGAACUUCAGGUAUCAUUUAAUCAUUUCUGCGUUUUGUGUUGCGGGAUGUUUUCUCGUGAGUAUGUGUGUGUGUGUGUGUGUGUGUGUGUGUGUGUGUGUGUGUGUGUGUGUGUGUGUGUGUGUGUGUGUGUGUGUGUGUGUGUGUGUGUGUGUGUGUGUUUCUAGAGAAACCUUUGUCUAUUUACCCUCAAAGUUCCUAAUAUUAGUUCCAAACCUUAGAAACUACUUACCUCUGUUGAUUAAUUGAGAAUAAUUAGAUAAUACCUAUUAUAUAAAUAAAUAUUUCAUGAACACAUAACUAAAUGUUUUGUAUGUUGUAAGCUU